AGUUUAGCCCAAAGACAGUCGUUCGGGCUCUCGAACUAGAAUAAAUUUGGAAAGUUGCAGGAACUGCAAAGUGCAGAGGAAGAAAGAAUUAGGGUUUUCAUCUUUGUCAUCAGAAAACGAAAAUGAUUUACGACGUUAACUCUCCACUUUUCCGAUCCUUCCUUAGUCAGAAGGGUGGCUCCUCUGAUAAGAGGAAAUCAGAGGAGCAGAAGCCAAAAGAGCAGAAACCCAAAGCCAGUGAGAACAAACCUAUAAUGACAGAGUGAUAACAACUUGUCCUCAUUCGGUUGUGGAAUGAAAUUAGAUGGUAGUAGGUUUUGUGUUGCUGCUAUAAAAUAGAAGAUCCUUUUGUUUGUGUUGAGUUACAUGCAGUGAUGCCGGAUUUUGUUAUUGUAAUGGAUUGAUUUUGGAUAUGCUUGGAAUGAAACAGUAAUGGACACAAUUUGAGCUCAGCCAUUGGAGACUUUCGCACA